AUGUUGGAGUUGAAUCAACCGCCGGCCUCGACCAGCGCGGGCGGCAUGCUGUCCUUCCUCUCGAACAUGGACAACCGCGCCGGCCUGGUCCUCAACCCGCCGCUGGCCGCCCUCCACACCAUGACGGACAUGAAGUCCUUAUAUUCGCAGCAAUCCGUCAAGUCCCUCUCGCCACAGUCCCCGCCACAGUUGUCGCCGCAGGGACUCUCGCCACAGGAGCUGGCCAUCUCGUACGCGACGGCCGCCUCCACCGCCGCCGCCACCACCACCAGCAGCAGCAUGGCCACGCCGCACAACAUCGAGAACAUCCUGAACCGGCCGAGUCCGCUCAUGACCACCUCGACGGGGCUCUGCGGCGUGGGCCAGAUGGGCGGCAUGUCCGGUCUAGGGCGCCUCGGGGGAUCCAUGAGCCUGUACAGCGGCCUGGCGGGCAAGAUGGCAGAUUUGGCGCGACCCACCUCCGUGUACUGGCCCGGCGUGCAGGGCAUGUUGCAGAACCCUCUCUUCUGGCGGGAGAGGUUACAGACCAGCCACGGGAUCCCAGCCAUGCCGAUGGACAAAGACGGCAAGAAGAAGCACACGCGCCCCACCUUCAGCGGCCAGCAGAUCUUCGCGCUCGAGAAGACCUUCGAGCAGACCAAGUACCUGGCGGGCCCCGAGCGAGCCAAGCUGGCCUACGCCCUCGGCAUGACGGAGUCGCAGGUCAAGGUGUGGUUCCAGAACCGGCGCACAAAAUGGCGGAAGCGCCACGCCGCGGAGAUGGCCUCAGCCAAGAGGAAGCAAGAGGAGGCCGUCGAGGGCUACAGAGACGACGACCAAGAGGACGACGACGAGCAGUCCGAGUCGAAGCGGCUGAAGCACAACCUGGACGAGCACGAGUCGCCCUCCGCGCCCCCGGCCCCGCCCCAGACGCACAUGGGCGCGCUGGCCGGCCACUCCGCCGCCGCCGCCUCCGCGCUCGACGCCCUCGACUGCCCUCCGAGCCGCGACCUGCAGCCCAGCCUGCAGUGA